AUGUCAUCUAAAGCUAAGGAGCCCAAGAAGACGCCGGUGUCGCACAAAGUGAUAGAAAAGAGGCGAAGGGACCGGAUCAAUCGAUGUCUCAACGAGCUAGGGAAAACAGUGCCAAUGGCUCUGGCCAAACAGAGUUCUGGGAAGCUGGAGAAAGCGGAGAUUUUGGAAAUGACAGUACAGUACCUGAGGGCUUUGCAUUCCGCAGAAUUUCCUAGAGGGAGAGAAAAAGGAGAACUUUUAAACGAGUUUGCCAAUUACUUCCAUUAUGGCUACCACGAAUGCAUGAAAAAUCUGGUGCAUUACCUGACCACAGUGGAGAGGUUGGAGACCAAUAAGGACACCAAGUACGCACGGAUCCUCGCAUUUCUGCAAUCGCAGGCUCGCUUUGGUGCUGAGCCCCUACUGAACUCUCUGCAGGAGGCCGACUGUCCUUACCAGUACCACCCGGGACCGGACUUGCCCAGCCACAGCGCCAGUGAGGCAGCCGCUGCAGCCGCCGCCGCAGCUGCAGCAGCCGCUGCAGCAUCUGCUGCCCAUUUCUCUUGGCAUUGUAGCCCUGCCACUAUUUCUUACUAUCCAACACCUGGGGCAGUGCCACCACCCCCGCCACCACCUACGUUGUCGAACCCGAGUCAGCAUCAGCAACACCAGCAACACAGCAGCUUCAUACACCCAGUGCAAGGACUGGAUCGCUCCCAUUACAUCAACUUGAUGGGACCUUCCCACCACCACAGCCACUUCAGUUUGCACGCCCCUCCGCACUCUGCACUAUAGUUACAGGCAGCUGAUGGACUUCGUAUUAAAAUAAGCAGAACUGAAAAGAACCAUUUACAAUUAUGUUGCGCUAGAGAAGUAUAUAUUUCCACAGAAUACAUAUACUGGUGCGAAUGUGGAGCGAGAGUUUUUGGUCUAAAACUGCUGAUUCUUUGUUAAUAGCCAAAGCUUUUUUAAAACUAUGCAAAAGUUUGAGUCUGGAAACUCUUACUCGAUGGCUCAUUUAGCUACUGUUUUAAUGUAGGUUAUCCUGCUAAAGCACUUCUAAAAGACAAGCAUUCGGUUAACAUUUGUGGAUGCCUGCAGAUGGUGAACAAACUACAAA